CUCUUAAUUCUAGUUUUUGUUUAUUUUGUUAAAUUACUUCAGCUAUGAGAAGUGUAACUGCUAAUACAAAUGUUAGAAAGAACAUCAAAAUUUUACAAAAGAAUUUCUCUUUCCGGUUAAUUCUCUGUGCAACCCAUCAUUACAUCCUUCUCUACAUUUUUUUCUUCUAAAAUUUCAUCUACAUCCUCCACCACCUAUCGAUUCACAAUAUAGAUAAUCGAUGUAUCAAUAAACAAGCUUCCUUGUCCCAUGUUUCAUAUCUACUGGAACUGAAAUCCCAGUCUCCUAUCCCACUUAUGAACUCAAUUCGAUUCAAGAUUCUGGUUCCCAGAACUACAACGCCAACACCCAAACACUUAACCAUAGCCCCUUCCCAUCUCAAUCUCGCUUCGACUGCCAUUAUUGAAACCAACCCAUCGUUUCCAUAUCCAAACGUUGAAGACCCAGCCAAGACAUUGCCUAAUCUAUUGUCCAAUUGCACCACCCUUCUCCACUUGGACCAACUUUAUGCCUGCAUCAUUCAAACCCGACUUCUCGAUUGUUACUCCUCGCCGUUUCAUUGGAACAACGUUAUCCGAUCUUACACCAGGUUCAAUGCUCCCGUUAAAGCACUUCACAUCUACAUUGCCAUGUCGAGAACUGGACUCCUCCCUGAUCGUUAUACUCUCCCCCUUGUCGUGAAGGCUACCUGUCAGUGUUUCGCUAUUGACAUCGGCCGUCAACUACAUUCCGUGGCUGUGAAGAUUGGGUUAGAGUUGAAUGAGUUUUGCGAGAGUGGGUUUAUAAGCCUUUAUGCAAAGGCGGGACAGUUUAACAAUGCGAGGAAGGUGUUUGAUGAAAAUCCCGAUAGGAAAUUGGGUUCUUGGAAUGCUUUAAUAGCUGGACUUGCUCAAACUGGGCGUGCUAAAGAAGCGAUUCAUAUGUUUUUGGAGCUGAAAAAAAAUGGGUUUUUGCCUGAUGAUGUGACUAUGGUUAGUGUGACAUCGUCUUGUGGUAGUUUAGGGGAUUUUGAGUUAGCUCUUCAGUUACACAAAUGUGUAUUCCAAGCUAAACGCUUAGAAAAAUCCGAUAUUUUGAUGUUGAAUUCGGUUAUUGAUAUGUAUGGGAAGUGUGGUAGGAUGGAUUUAGCUUAUUUAGUUUUUUCAAGGAUGAAGGAAAAAAAUGUUUCUUCUUGGACGUCUAUGAUUGUUGGCUACGCAAUGCAUGGUCAUGUUAAGGAAGCUCUUCGUUGUUUCCUUUGCAUGAGAGAGUCCGGGGUGAGACCUAACUAUGUUACAUUUGUUGGGGUUUUAAGUGCUUGUGUGCAUGGUGGGAAAGUAGAGGAAGGGAAAUUUUACUUUGAUAUGAUGAAGAAUAGUUAUGGGAUAAAGCCAAAUUUGCAGCAUUAUGGGUGCAUGGCAGAUCUGCUUGGUCGAGCCGGGUUGCUUGAGGAAGCAAGGAAGAUGGUGGAAGAGAUGCCUAUGAAGGCAAAUGUAGUGAUAUGGGGGAGUUUGAUUGGUGCAUGUGAGAAAUUCGGGAAUGUGGAGAUUGGGGAGUGGGUGGCUAAGCAUUUACAAGAAUUGGAACCUUGGAAUGAUGGGGUUUAUGUUGUAUUGUCUAAUAUCUAUGCUAGUAAUGGUUUGUGGGAAGAUGUUGAGAGGGUUAGAAGGAUCAUGAAGCAAAUGAAACUUGCCAAGACUCCUGGUUAUAGCUUGGCAACAACUUAGAAUUGAGUUUAGUUUGUUCCAAUUACUUUGCUAAUUAUUGAUUUCUAUACUGUUACAUUUCAUGUAAGCUAGUUUUCUUCAAGCAAAGAGACUAGGUUUUUAUCAAUUCAUACAACAAUAUUAAGGGAGCAUUGCCACUUUCAAGGAUUAUUCAUUUAAUGCAUUUGGAUCGGAUCAUCUUACAGUACUUGCAAGAA